UCUCUCUCUCUCUCUCUCUCUCUCUCUCUCCGUACAGUGACAUAUUCGAUGCCAUGUUCCCCGUCACCCACAUCGGAGGGGAAACAGUCAUCCAACAAGGCGAUGAAGGGGACAACUUCUACGUGAUCGACCAAGGAGAAGUGGAUGUGUAUGUGAACGGGGAGUGGGUGACCAGCAUCGGAGAGGGGGGCAGUUUCGGGGAGCUGGCCCUGAUCUACGGGACCCCCAGGGCUGCCACCGUCAAGGCCAAGACGGACCUCAAGCUGUGGGGCAUCGACCGGGACAGCUACCGCCGCAUCCUCAUGGGCAGCACGCUGAGGAAGAGGAAGAUGUACGAAGAGUUCCUCAGCAAGGUCUCCAUCCUCGAGUCUUUGGACAAGUGGGAGCGUCUGACCGUGGCCGAUUCUCUUGAACCCGUCCAGUUUGAGGACGGAGAGAAGAUCGUGGUCCAGGGGGACCCAGGGGACGACUUCUUCAUCAUCACAGAGGGAACGGCCUCGGUGCUCCAGCGUCGGUCCGACAACGAGGAGUACGUGGAGGUGGGCCGACUCGGACCCUCCGACUACUUUGGCGAGAUCGCCCUGCUGUUGAACCGGCCCCGGGCUGCCACGGUGGUGGCCCGCGGGCCCCUCAAGUGCGUGAAGCUGGACCGGCCCCGCUUCGAGAGGGUCCUGGGGCCCUGCUCGGAGAUCCUGAAGAGGAACAUCCAGAGAUACAACAGCUUCAUCUCCCUCACCGUGUGACCUGCCAGCAGCCCCCCCCGCCAGCCCCCCAGCCCCCCAGCCCCGCCCCCUUACCCGCUCGCAUCACAGUGAAUGGCCAAUCACAGCGCUUCUUUGUAUGGUUUGAUUGGUUGUUGUUGGGGUUUCUUUUGGGGGUUGGCGGGGGGGGUUGUUUUGGAGUGCUUGCUUUGCGCUUCUUAUUUUUUUGGUAUCGUGGGGGGGGGGGGGGGGGGGGGUUCGCUUUAAGCAUUUAUCUUUGUUGAUCGAUUUGUGCACUUUUGACUUGACCCGUGUUUGUCGCGUAGCUUUACUUUUUGAAAAACAAAAACAGAGAAAUAAAACCAUGCGGGAAAAAAACGUAAAAUCGACUAAGGUGUGUUAUGAGUGUGACGACGGUUCGUGCUGUAUGGCCGCCGUGUGGGAUGCAUGCUUCUUCCCCGGCAUGUAGUUAUGAACGGGUACGGAACGGAAGGGCGGGGUCCAGCCGAAUUCAGGAAGUGAUGUCAUGUUUACAGGAUGGAGGGAGGCGUCGCGUGGUUCUUCGCUCGCUGGCCGGCUGUCUUUUGCCUCGUUUGUUCCUUUGCGUCGGGGUCAUUGGUGACACCCUGGGGGGGCCAUGUUGGGGGUCACCCGGGGACCCCCUCCAGGGAUGGACCCCCUCCGAUGGACCCCCCUCCAGCUCUUUAGAUGUAGACGUUCUAUCGAUGUAUUAUUGGCGGAUUUUCAAUGCUUUCUAACUGUGCUUUUACUGCUCUUAUCGAUAGAGGGUUCAUUUCCGAGAGAGGCCGUUUCAUCUGAAAGUACGGAUGUUACGACGUGGAGCGCCAUGUGAGGAGUGAGGAGUGACAUUAAGUCUUUUGAAUAUUGAUCUCUUAUUCCAGUGAAGGUUGCGUCCAAAUCUGUCCGCUGGCAAAGUAGUGUUAGUUUGCAGUUGACAAGUUGGGCACCGCACACACAGAAACACACUUACCCAUGCAUACAUACAUACACGCACACACACAUGCACAUGCACACGCGAGCACACACACGCACACGUACACACGCACACAUAAUUACCAUCACUUCCACACACACAUACUUACAUAUUGUCUAUUAUUAAACAAUACAAAAGAUGCGAACGUUACACACAAAAACGCAAACACACACACAAACACCAACACACACACACACGUACACAAUUUCCCUCCACUGUCUCAGGACCAUGUAACAUUAAGUUGAUAAGGAGGCUUUUCUAGCUGAUUGGGGCGUUUGUCUGACUGGGUGAGAGAAAUCUCGUACCUAAGCCUGGGACACGAAGUAGUUUCAGUUGCUCUCGAGAGAUAGCGUUCACAUUUCUAACCCAAGUCAGAGAAAGAGAUAAACAACUGUACUUUCCUUUGAUCUCCUGUUAUCUAUUUUCAAAGUUGCACAACCAAACUGAUAUGUAUAAUGUAUCUCUCUCUCUCUCUCUCUCUCUCUCUCUCUCUCUCUCUCUCUCUCUCUCUCUCUCUCUCUCUCUCUCUCUCUCUCUCUCUCUCUCUCUCUCUCUCUCUCUCUCUUUCUCUCUCUCUCUCUCUCUCCCCCUCUCUCUCUCUCUCUCUCUCCCCCUCCCUCCCUCCCUCUUACUCUUGUUUUCUAUCUCAAUGUACCUCCCUCUUUUAACGUAUUUGAGCAAAUAAAUGACCAGCGUCUUAGUCUACCGGAU